AUGCGUUCUAUCUUCCUCGGAACGUCCCUUUCGUUCCUUUACGCAGUCAGCGUAGCUGCUGUCCCUGGCUCCAAUGCCAAAAGUUCCUCCGCAGCACCCUCUGCAACUCCAGUCUUUAAGGUAAAGAACCUAGCUGCCGCGACAGAUACGACCGUAUCAUCUGCAUCAUCUUGGAAGGAAGCCAAGUGCACUACCGACAUUACCGACGCGACACUGGAUCCCACUACUCGUUGGGAGGCAGCCAAAGCCGACGAUGCCCUGAACGAAGCCCUGGAUGCCUGGUCUACUUCUGGUGCUGCCAGUGGCUUGGGAUUCCCUGAGUUUAUUAGCAACUACUUCACUGGCCCGGACAACUGGAACUGUGGAGAUAUCGGUAACACUCCUUGCUCCACCGUGAUGACCUGUAACCAGGCCGACUAUCCUGCCGGGUAUCUGAUUAUGAAUUCUUUCUCCUCGAUCCACCAGCUUCAUCAACAAACCUAUGACGCUCUCGGAGAUGCCCUUAACACAAUGCAAAAUGAAAUUGGUCACUUUGCGAGCAUCUUUGCCCCUCAGGCCGAAGACAACACCGAAAUAUUCAAGUACAUAAUCGAUGCCGUGGUCUUGGUGGCUAGCAUUGGCAGCUCUUUUGCAUGGAAUAUUGCAUUCAAGGGCCUCGCUAUGGCCACAUCGAAGUGGUUCUCGAUGGGAAAAGACGUCACCAACGCAGCGCUCAUUUCCUUUUCCACCACAAUGGGCAAAGACUCCAUGCAGUCCGCUAAAGAUGCAUUGGGCACCCAGAAUGGCAUUUCCUCCGCUCUUGGAACUUACUUCUCGGCCUGGACUGGCUUGGAGAGCGGAUAUAUCACCUCACUCUUUGCUGGAGCGAGCGAUGAGGCUUCAAUUAACGCUCUGAAAACCCUGACUGCCAAUGGUUCAAUGCUUCUACUUUCACCUAAAGUAGAUCUGAGUGGAAUGACUUCUCAGGCAGAAAAGAUCCUCUACGGACAGUUGAUUCCGGCCGCUUGGGCAAUAUCUCCCGAAACCCUCUAUCCCCGAAUUCUGCGGAAGGCCGGAGCUUGUUCUACAUCGAUUGACGGAGAUGUUCUCAGUUACAUGUCUAAGGACACUCUAGUCGGCGGGUAUGUCUGCUACAAUAACGACGCUUUCUAUGUCGUGAACAUCAAUGCCUCUCCUGGCAGUCAGCCUUUCGAAGCCCUCCCUGGAGGAAAUCAUCAAACCCUUAAUGGCAAUGACUGGGGCGGUGUCAUCCUCGAGGAUAUGGUCCAAAGCUCGUACCAGGCAUACCAGCUGAACGGCAACGCAAAUGGCUAUGAAAUGCCAGCUCUGUCAAAAAUUAUUGACGGAUCAGGCACCGAGGGUGAUUUGGUUUUCGAGAAUGGAAUUCGCACCCCGGGAUUCUUCACCCUGCCAAUUUGCGACGAUAUUCAGACAGCAUACAACAUUGUCGGAGGGGGUGGCGCAAAGGGGAAGUACUGGCCUUGUGAUGCACCUGCAGGAUACAAUGCUGGUGGAACGAACGUGCACGUCAACAAUGGAUGCAUCAAUGUGAAUGGCGAGAAUAUUUGCAAGUCUCAGACCAAGUACACCAACAUUGCAGAUCAAAGUACGGGCAACAUUACCGCGACCAUCUACGCGCAGUUCGAAGGAGACGACAAGACCGACUACAAAGUUACUCCUGGCUGCAAGCUGGAAGCUUCCUGGCCCCGUUCCUAUGGUGACGUCUACUUUGGGGCCAACAACUGCCUGUACGAUUCUACCGGCACGAACAUCAACGGCCAGUGUUGCACCGAGACGACCACGGACUCGGUUCUCAACCCGUACUAUGGAUAUUAG